AUGGCACUGCGUGCCGCAGCCGCUCGCUUCUACUCGUCAGAUCUCCCUGAUCACAUGAUCGUCAACUUCCCCGCGCUUUCCCCCACCAUGAAGACCGGUACCCUGCAGCAGUGGAACGUCUCUGUUGGCGACGAGGUUGCCACUGGUGAUUCCCUUGGCGAGGUCGAGACGGACAAGGCAACCAUGUCGUUUGAUUCAACAGAGGACGGCUUUGUUGCCAAGCUCUUUGUUGAGGACGGUACCGAGGGCAUUGAGAUUGGCCAGCCGGUGCUGGUCCUGGUUGACAACAAGGAGGACGUCCCCGCCUUUGAGAACUUUGAACCCCCUGCAUUCGAGGUGUGUGGCGAGAAGAAGGAAGAACCAGCCAAGGCGCCCGAGCCCACGCCUGCCCCCUCCAAGCCCUCCUCUACCCCGGCCCCCGAGACCUCCGCUCCCGCCCCAUCUUCGGUGUGUUCGUCUGGCGAGCGUGUGUUUGCAAGCCCGCUCGCGCGCAAGCUCGCUGAGCGCGCCUCCAUUGCGCUUGAGAACGUUGUUGGCACGGGCCCACGCGGCCGCAUCACCAAGGCCGACGUCGACGCUUACCAGGCCGCUGCGCCUGCCGAGUCUACCGCUGCCACCGCCGCCACAGGUGCCGCGUACACAGACAUUCCCCUCAGCAACGUCCGCAAGGUCAUUGCCUCGCGCCUGACGGAGUCCCAAGCAGAACAUCCCACACUACUACCUCAACGCAACGGUGACUACAAGCUCUCCGUCAACGACUUUGUGAUCAAGGCAUCUUCCCUCGCCCUCAAGGAGGUGAAGGAGGUGAACUCGUCGUGGAUGGACACGGUCAUCCGCCAGAACGAGACGGUCGACAUCAGCGUCGCCGUCAGCACAGACUCCGGCCUCAUCACCCCAAUCGUCUUUGACGCAGACCUGAAGGGCCUGCGGGAGAUUUCGACGGACGUGAAGAACCUUGCUGCCAAGGCGCGCGACAACGCGCUCAAGCCCGAGGAGUACCAGGGCGGCACCUUCACCAUCAGCAACCUCGGCAUGUUUGGCAUUGACCGUUUCACCGCCAUCAUCAACCCGCCCCAGUCGUGCAUCCUCGCUGUUGGCCAGACGGCCCAGCGCGUUGUUGUUGACCCCACGGCAGAGUCUGGCUUUGCCGCCGCAAACUACAUGUCCGUCACCCUCUCCUGCGACCACCGCGUCGUCGACGGUGCAGUCGGCUCCAAGUGGCUGGCCGCCUUCCGGCGUUACAUGGAGGACCCCGUCAAGAUGCUGCUGUAACUGAUGCUCGCGCUCUUGCAAACCUGUGACCACAACAACCAAAUAUGAGAUGAAGUGGAUGUGC